AUGAGCAUCCGCGAGCAGUUGCUUUUGGUGUUUUGUCUUUCGUCGAUCUUGGUGUGGGUCAUCCCUUUGCCGCUCAGAAUGAGGACGCCGGAGGUUGUGGACUGGGAAGCGGCUGAAUUGAUUCUCAGCAGCGGCAACAUGUCCUCAGGGUCGGUGCUCAACAUUCAGCCCGACGAGGAGGACAUCGUGUGGUUACGAGCCGCCGACCUCCUGCGUGAGCACUCUCCUGCCGCAUAUCGAAUCUGGGUGGGCUUGGACCCCUGGCCGACGCCAUGCAAAGCCUCACUGCGAGGCUCUUGUGGCGGGCCCAGCGUGCACCUUCGAGCUGGAGUGGGGCAGCUGGUCUGGGAGUUUGGGCUGCUGCUCCUUUUGGCGGCCUCCCUGGCCACGCCCAGGGUCAAGCCGAUAGCCUGUUGCCCACCUCCGCCCUUUGUCCCCUUGCCAGCACCUCCAUCUAGCGCCAAGAGGGCCCCCCCAGCCCAUUCCCCACCAGCCCAUGCGCCGCCACUGCCCCCGCCUUCCAGCCAAGAGGCAUCUCCCGUCCCCCCAGCCGGUGCUCCACCUCGUGUUUUGAUUUUGCGGCCCGGACCCCUCCAGCAUUUGCCCCGGCAGCAGCCCCAACUUUUACACAGCACCCGCUCCCAGCCUCAUGCCCAAAUCCCGCAGGGUUGUUGA